CUUCCGCCCUCGCCGAUUGGCAGAGCCACACUCCGUGGGCGCUCGGCAGCCGUGGAGGGCAGCAUCUUCCGAGAGCUGGGUUCAGCCGGAUUCCAGGGGAAGGGUCGGGGGGCCGUGAGAGGCAACAGCACACUUGAGAAAGUCAUGGCCGGUUGUGAACCACACGUCCAGGCCGAGGCCCAGAGCCCCCAGCCCAGCUCCUUGGGGUGCCCCCCGGAGGUGGUGUUAGACCAUGAGGCCCCAGGACCAUCAGCCCCAUGGGUGGAUCCCAGCUCCGGGCCGCAGAGUCCUGCUUGCAACGGAAAGAGAGCGUGGUCGGCAGCCUUCCCGGAGUCGGCUGAGGCGCUGGAUUCGGAGGGCGAGCUGAUGCCGGUGCUGCAGGGGCGCCUGGCCUCCCUGCUGCUGCCAGGGCCGGCCCCCGGGCCCCCGGAGACCUGGGGCGUGGAGUGGCUCUGUGGGCUCAAGAUGAGGCUGAAGAGACGGCGUGCGUCGCCGGUGCUGCCCGAGCACCACGCGGUCUUCGCCAGGCUGCUAGAGGACCCUGUGGUGAAGCGGUUCCUGGCCUGGGACAAAAACCUGAGGGUGUCUGACAAGUACCUGCUGGCCAUGGUCGUGGCCUACUUCAGCCGGGCCGGCCUCUUCUCCUGGCAGUACCAGCGCCUCCAUUUCUUCAUCGCUCUCUACGUGGCCAGCGACAUGGAGGAGGACAACCAGGCCUCCAAGCAGGCCAUCUUUGCCUUCCUGUACGGGCAGAGCCGCGCCCAGCGUCCGCUCUUUCAUAAACUGCGGCUCCAGUUCAUCCGCUCCAUGGGCUGGCAGACGAGGGUCACCCGUGAGGAGUGCGAGGAGAUCCAGGCCUACGACCCGGAGCUGUGGGUGUGGAGGCGAGAUCGCACCCUCAUUCCCUAAAGUGCCGCGCCGAGGCCAGAGGCCACUGGGCAGAGGACCCGAGGGCCUCGGGGAGGCGGUCACUCAGCAAGAAGCAAGACACCAACGACAUCGUGGGAGAGGAAGACAGGAGGCUGCUGUGCAGACGUCCUGAGAAACCCAGACUCUUCUAGGAGUCGGACUUACCACGAGCUGCUCCUGGGGGCACUGGGCACUCCCGGGGGUCUGUGGGACAGUGAGAAGCCAGGGUUUUCCAUCCAGCUCCCUCCUGCCUGAGACACCCCCUCCACUUCCCCGUUGCUGAGUUCAGAUCUCCCUGAGGUAGCAGCCCGAGGCCCUGUUUCAUUUGUUUUUCUAAUUAUUUGAGAUCGCCACAGGCUAAAGCCACUUGAUGGCAGACCAUGUGGGCUCAUAUUGGAAGAUAAUUACAUUUAAAAUAUUAAAUUAGAGCCAUAAGAUUGUAAUAGAGUGCUUAAUAAGAGUCUAUACAUUGUAUUUAUUUUUAAAACGUUGGCCAUAGAGUUAUUAUAAACUUUAUAUUGUUAGUAGCUUUGAAGUAGUCAUAGUUCUGAAGACAUACUGCCCCUAUACGGUUUUCUGAUGCUGUUAUAACUUAUAAUUACAUAAAUAUAAUUUUUGUUCAUUUUAAGAGUUUUUUUUUAAUCUUUUAUACCUACAGAAUCUACCUAUAGCUCAAUAAUAAUGCAGCCAAAGUUUUGAAUGAUUUUUUUAGUGGAGAUGUAGUCUUUGUUAUUGAAUUGUAAGAAUUCGGUUGUCAUAUUUAACUCGCCUUGUAACCUGAAAGAGGACGUGGGUUACAAAUUUUGAGGAGGAAGGCACAGUGUAUCUCUUGGG